AUGAUUUCCCUACUCGCGGGGAAGCCGAAUCCGUACUCCUUCCCGUUUACCUCGUUCAAAUUCGGCACGACCGCGCCUGGUGGCCAAGCUCGAGGAGGAGGAGAGGAGCUCGAACUCUCGGUUUCCGGGGAUGAUCUGACAUCCGCUUUGCAAUACGGACCUACCGCUGGUAUGCCUGCUCUUCUGCAGUGGCUGGCGGAGCUGCAGGAACAUGUACAUGGACGGUCUCUGGGAGAAGGAUGGCAGGUGAUUGUAGGACUGGAUCCCAGGAUCGUGCAGGCUGCAAAGGCAAUCACUGCCCUGCUUAAUCCUGGAGACUCGGUUUGUGCAGUCCCCGAUCUACGCGUCUUGAACUGCGAGCAAAUUGAGAUUGAGGGAGACGCUGACGGCAUAUCAAGUAGCUCUCUCCGCUUGAUUCUCGAGUUGGCCGCGGAGAAGCCCAAACCCCGUGUUCUCUACACUAUCCCGGUAACCCAUAAUGUUGUUGUUCUCUUUCUCUCUGUGAACCCUGCUCCAGUAUGGAGGAAAUCCAACUGGGUCAACAGCUUCACUGAACGUCGCAGAGAAGUCUUGCGACUAGCCAACGAGCACAAUUUCUGA